AUGGAGGAAAUUAAGAACUUACUUCAUUUCGUUUCUGAAUAUAUAAUGAGAUUGAGAAUAGAUCAAAAGUUUCAAUUGAAGAUGGCACAUAUCAUCCUGGCUAUAUUGCUGGAGAAAUUGAAGAGCAAAUAGGAAUAAAUUUUAUAGAAGUUUGGGGUAUAGGAGGUAAAGAAGCCCUAAUCUAAUAUAAUAGAAUAAAUAUAGAUAAGAUAGAAUGGAAGAGUGUAAGAAUUGAUUACAUAUUAUAGAUUGAAGAUAAUGAGGAAAGUAGAUAAGAAAUAAAUCUUUAAUGGAUUUGAUUAGGCUAUACUUUUAAAGUAAACUUUUGCUCAUAGAUUUCAUUUUAUAGAAGUGAUUGAAAAGGAUUGA